AUGGAGGGCGUGGUCGAGCUCGCGCGGGCUCAUCCGAUUCUCACUCUCUUGUCGCUUGCCACCCUCUUUCCCGCUUUCCUGAUCCUCUGGGCAUACCCGUAUCGCGAGUAUACCUUGCCGUACCGGAAUCUGCCUGGACCAAAGCCGUCGUCAGUGUUCUGGGGUAAUUACAGUGAGAUUCUCAAGGAGCCCACAAAUGCACCACAAACCCGCUGGAUCGCCGACUUCGGCAACGCCUUCCGAUACAGAACCCUGUUCGGCAAACCGCGCAUAUGCCUCGCCGAUCCAGUUGCCAUCGCGCACAUCGCCCAGCACACAUAUGAUUACCACAAAGCUGGGCCGACAGUGUAUGCACUCGAGCUCGUGCUCGGUCGCGGACUCCUCACGGUCGAGGGCGAUGAUCACAGGCGCCAGCGCAAGAUCAUGAGCCCCGCCUUUGGCCUGCCCGCCAUUAAGUCGAUGCACCCCAUAUUCAUGGAAAAGGCGUGGGAGCUACAGCGCAAGCUCAGCGCAAUCCUCGACACUGAGGAAGAGACCUACUGCUCUACGCCAGUGAAGCCGGAAGAUCGCGUGCUCGGCACAAAAAAAGUUGAUAUGAUACCAUAUUGGGGUCAAAUGACGCUCGAUAUUAUCGGCCUCGCGGGCUUCGACUACGACUUCGGGGCACUCGCGGGUCGAAGUACCGACCUCGCGGAUUCGUUCCGUGACCUCUUGAGGGCAGGCAAUAGCCCGGGUAUCCUUGCCAUUCUUGCAGCGGUCAUCCCGCCGCUGCGAGCUUUGCCGAAUAAACUCACCAAUGCCGUGGGGGCAGCCAAGGCUCAGACUGAUCGCGUAGCCCGCGAGAUUGUUCAGCAAAAGAAGGUGCUCGUCGCGGCCGAGCUGGCGACGGGCGAGAAGGACGAAACACUUGGACGUGACCUACUCUCGCGCGUUGUGCGCGCCAACAUGGACCCAGCGCUCCGCCCGGAGCAGAGGUUGACUGACGAAGAGGUCAUCGCGCAGGUGGUGACCUUUAUUAUCGCUGGCCACGAGACAACGGCGACAGCUCUGACGUGGAUGGUAUUCCGUCUUGCGGAGAACUGGCACGUGCAGAAAAGGUUGCGCGACGAGCUGCGCGCGUUCCCGCAUGAUAAUCCGAGCUUUGACGAGCUCAAUGCCCUGCCGUAUCUCGACAAGGUAGUGCACGAAGGACUGCGGCUGGACCCGCCGGUGGCGGGAGGCGUUCGUGUCGCAGCCAAACAUUACAUUAUUCCUCUCGGUCAACCCAUCAGGGGUCGCGACGGCAAGAUGAUCAGUAGUAUUGACGUGCCAGUCGGUACGGAUAUCUUCAUACGCGUGUAUGGCAAUCUCCUGACGUUCUUCAAUGGUGCACGCAAUUGCAUCGGGUACCGGCUGACACUCGCCGAGAUGAAGGCCGCGCUGUUUUGCAUCUUCCGCCACCUCGAAGUGCUGCCUCUGCCUUCCAACCCGGAGAUUCGUCUUAAGGCGCAAAUCGUCAUGCGCCCAUUGGUCGUUGGCGAGGAGGAAGCCGGGUACCAAAUGCCCGUGCUCGUGCGCGCCAUCCCCGAUGAUGAUUGA